GUAGAAACGAGCGUAACGAGUUCUUACAUAAACAUACUCGCCAAUUUAGCUUUCAACCAAAAAACGUUUUUAACAUUACACUUGCGACAGCUGGUGCUUACGCAUUCUUAAUGAGGCAAAAUUUACAGAUAAUUUAUGUAAUUCACGAUACAUCUCAAUUAAUUCAGUUAUUCCUAUGGAAAUUGAAACCAACAAAAUCCAACAACGUAGAUGAACAUAAAUAGUUUAAACUCCAGUAGUGUUUCAGUCAAACAAAUUCGCAUCUACCCGUAAGACAAGUCAUCCUAUCGCAAGGUAACCUCUCGUGACUUUAUUUGUGCGUCAGCUAUAACCUGACUGGUAAGUGACAGCAGGCUGCCAUAGUGUUUGUGUUGACACCCAAUAUUUGUAUUUUCCAAGUUUUAAAUAACUCCGCACAAGUUUAAUACAACUUUUUAAUUGUAGGCAUUACUAGCAACUCAAUGUUUCCCCAAUGGCCACUGGGUAUGAAUGAUAACAACUGAAAGUUUCCCAAUGGCUACAGGGUCUGAAUGAUAACAACUGAAAGUUUCCCCUUUGGCCACAGGGUCUGAAUGAUAACAACUGAAAGUUUCCCCUUUGGCCACAGGGUCUGAAUGAUAACAACUGAAAGUUUCCCAAAUGGCCACAGGGUCUGAAUGAUAACAACUGAAAGUUUCCCCAAUGGCCAAAGGGUCUGAAUGAUAACAACUGAAAGUUUCCCAUUUGGCCACAGGGUCUGAAUGAUAACAACUGAACGUUUCCCCAAUAGCCACAGGGUCUAAAUGAUAACAACUGAAAGUUUCCCAAAUGGCCACAGGGUCUGAAUGAUAACAACUGAAUGUUUCCCCAAUGGCCACAGGGUCUGAAUGAUAACAACUGAAAGUUUCCCCAAUGGCCACAGGGUCUGAAUGAUAACAACUGAAAGUUUCCCCUUUGGCUACUGGGUCUGAAUGAUAACAACUGAAAGUUUCCACAAUGGCCACUGGGUCUGAAUGAUAACAACUGAAAGUUUCCCAAAUGGCCACAGGGUCUGAAUGAUAACAACUGAAAGUUUCCCCUUUGGCCACAGGGUCUGAAUGAUAACAACUGAAAGUUUCCCCAAUGGCCACAGGGUCUGAAUGAUAACAACUGAAAGUUUCCCCAAUGGCCACUGGAUCUGAAUGAUAACAACUGAAGGUUUAAAGAUACGUCAUAUCUUAUUAUUCUUUGUUAAGUCCCUUAUUCUUAGGGCAGAUAGACAUACGUUGCUAGUUUUAGUAGCUGUUACUCAACAUAAGUCAUUGGAUCGAGCUCUUUGAUAUGUGUGUGUGUGUGUGUGUUUGUUUGUGUAUGUGUGUGUUUGUUUGUGUGUGUGUAUGCGCGCGUGCCAGUGUGUGUGUGUGUGUGUGUGGGCCAAUAAGUGUGCGGGUGACUGGGUGGCCAAAUGGUCUAAACUGAGCAAACCACAAGUUGGUGGUCUGGUGUUCAAGUCCAGCCAAAGGCCAGUCAAUCAAAAACAUCACCCCGGGUGGAUGAGACUCGUUAACCUUGGUCGGCAACUCAUCUAAGAGAAGGAAACUCUGACUACAAACCCGCAGUUGGAGUCCCGUAAGGUGCAAACAAUGACAAUUCCUGCAACCGUACCCAUCCCUGGUCGUCUUGACGUAGAGUCUUGCCACUGGAUAUGGUGGGCUCGGACGAGAGAGUGAGGUAGACGCCGCGCAACUCUUCUUCACUGUAAACAAAAGUCACCCGCGCAAGUCAUCAGUCACCAGACGACUCGAUGGUCAUCGUCGAUCCUCGACGGUCCUCGUCGAUCCUCGACGGACGAACAAUAAUAAGUGUGCGGGUGUGUGUUUGUUUGUGUGUCUGCCACUUUGAUCAGUUUCUCGUUUUGAAAUGUCAGAAAAAACUUUAAAUUUUAACUUCACACCAAACAGGUUGGACAAAUCUGAGAUUAAAAUUUACUGUUAACAUAUCACUGUUGUUUUUUAAGAUCAUUGAAGAUUCGGCUAAACAUAACGAAAUGCUUUUUAAAAAAUCCAUAUUUCUCUAUAAUUUUAAUAAAUCAAAGCCACCAGAGAAUUUACACACAAAAUUUUUUUUACAAAAUCAACAACUACAAACAAGGCAAAAUAUAAAUAAAUAAAAAACAACAACAACAACAACAACAAAUGCAUAAAUAGUUCAACGUCCAGCUCAAACAACUCAAACAAUAGACAAAUCGCUUGCCAGUUUACCACCAGCUGUUCUGAAUUAAAAGAACAAAUGUGUGUACAUUAUUCUAUUUUGCGAGGCAGUAUUUAAAUAAAACAGAAAACGAGACUCGAGACAUUACAACUUAAUUUACAACACGAAGAGAUUAGCAGUUUUCACUUGUGUGAUACAGUUUGGUGAAUGUCAAUCGAGUAUUAAUUGUAGCCUACAUCUUGGACUUCGUUUGAUGAAAAAAAAAAAGGUUGGGGAGUGGUUGGGGGGGGGGGGGGGGAGAUAGAGAAUGUGAAAUGAGGAUGCAAGCUGUUCCUUUUAUUGGCCUUGAUUUUACGCUAAUGGGCCUGGACAUGUUAGUCUGUUCGAAAGCGUUCAUAUCCCGUUAUUGUUAUCCCAUGAUAAGUUCAUGAACGUGUAAGGAAUUCUUCAUACAGGCGCGGAGUUCCUACUUUUUAUACAACCAAUAAUUGUAUCAUGAUUUAGGAGGUUAUCCAAUAAUUGUAUCAUGAUUUAGGAGGUUAUCCAAUAAUUGUAUCAUGAUUUAGGAGGUUAACCAAUAAUUGUAUCAUGAUGUUAGGAGGUUAUCCAAUAAUUGUAUCAUGAUGUUAGGAGGUUAACCAAUAAUUGUAUAAUGAUGUUUUGAGGUUAUCCAACAAUUGUAUAAUGAUUUAGGAGGUUAUCCAAUAAUUGUAUAAUAAUGUUUUGAGGUUAUCCAACAAUUGUAUAAUGAUGUUUUGAGGUUAUCCAACAAUUGUAUAAUGAUGUUUUGAGGUUAUCCAACAAUUGUAUAAUGAUGUUUUGAGGUUAUCCAAUAACUGUAUAAUGCUGGCGUUGGGUGGUUAUCUUAAUAAAGAAAAAUGGAACGAAAUUCUAAAAAUAUCAUGUCAACACUUUGACAAUAAUUUCAUUUGAUGAGAUUUUUUCAAACUCUCUGCUCUCGGUCUUCUUCUUCCAGAACGCAGGGUGAGUUUGUUUCUUUCCCUUAAAUCAAGAUGCUUCUCAAACUGAUAGUCGCCUUAUCCCUGACCUUGACUUUAGCAUCAGCAACGAGUGACCCCAAAGGGUGGUUCUGUAGCUUUGAAUGCAAUGACUGGAAUCAACUGGAGUUGGAGUGUCAGAAGGAGAAAGGUACGUUUUUGGGUGGGGUUUUUUGAAUUUUUUUUUUUUAACAAGCGCAGGUUGACUUGAUUUUAAGUCAACAUUUGAAAUAUUUUAAUCUGCAAAAACACCUUAAAAAUUAAAAUAUUCCAAAACUGGUUGCACACAAAAAUUUUGUUCCAGAAAUAUUUGGCUGAUAAGCGAGAAUCUAGGUUUUAUAAUCUAUUUUAUUCUGUCCAACUAAGCAAAUGCAAAAAAAAUAAGUAAAAGCUAAAUUCUUAUUUUUUUUUUUUAAAGUAUGAUUCACAACGUCAGAUGAUAAUUUAAGUUUAAGGAGCAUUUACCGCAAUGUAUCUCUGACGUCAUGUGGAUCUAUCAUAGGUAAAUUUCUUCCGUUGCCAUUCUGUCACACGCAUUUUAAAAGGCUUAUGGCUCUACGGCAGUUUUAAAGGGGAUGCAAUCGCAUUUUCUGAAAAAAACAUCGCUGUUCUUUCCAAGUCUGUUCGUCUUUUCCAAAAAUAUGUUUUCAUGUUCAUGUAGCCUUCAUUAUUUCCGGCCAUUAACACUUAGUAGGCCUACACGAUUUCCGGCUAUUAAAACGUAGUGUUUCAAGAGACUGAGUCCUCUGGGAUGUCCGGCUUUUAAAAAAAAAAUUAUUGUUUCAAGACACCGAUUCCUCCGGGAUGUCCGGCUAUUAAAAAAACUUAGUGUUUCAAGAGAUUGAUUUCCCCGGGACGUCCGGAACUUCAAAGUAGUCCACCCACGACCAACAGCCAUUUCAAUCAAGUGAGAUGACUGUUUCCAGCAUUCUAUCUCUUGGAGUUUUUCCAAGAACAUCAAAUUACUUGUGCGACUAGCAUGCAGUCACACCUAUAGUAACAUCAAUAGUCCCAUCUAUAGUCGUAUCUUUAGUCACAUUUAAAGUCUCAUCUAAAGCUAUUUUAAAAGAGAUUACUUUUGCCUGUUGUUUUUCUUUUAGCAGCAGCUCCUACAGAAGUCCUUCUAACUAUCAUUAUAAAUUAUAGCUAUUUGAUAAGGGCCUAUGUUUGUCUCCACAGAAUAUCUCAAAUGGCAUUGUCUUUUAUUAAUUAAAAAAUUUUUUUUAACCUUUAAUUGGACUCAUUUUAAGGGCAAAUUUUGUCUCUCCACAUUAUACAAGGAAAGGUCGGGGGGGGGGGGUCACUGUUUCCUACUCAGCAGAUGGAGAGCUUACCAGCCCUCCCACUUUGUAUACCGCCUGGCCAAGUCAGCAGAUGGAGAGCUUACCACGCAUCCCUCUUUGUAUACCGCCUGGCCAAGUCAGCAGAUGGAGAGCUUACCACGCAUCCCUCUUUGUAUACCGCCUGGCCAAUUACGUAACAAAACUAAAUACACCUACCAGUAUUAAAUUUUGUGAAUGGUUCACGGUUUUGAUCGUUCCAAUAAAUGUAUUGGUGCUCAAUCUGUUCCAACCGAUAACUUCUCCAUAGUUGGACUAAGUAUUCGAUUCCUCUCAAUGAAUACUUUAUAGCCGGACCAAUGAGUCGAUAGCUCCGGUUAAUAUUUUACAGCCGGAGGAAUGAGUCAAUUCUCUGGUUAAUUCUCCAUAGCUGGACUAAUGAGUCAACACCUCUGGUUAAUUCUCCAUAGCGGGACUAAUGAGUCAAUACCUCUGGUUAAGUCUCCAUAGCUGGAUUAAUGAGUCAACACCUCUGGUUAAUCCUCCAUAGCGGGACUAAUGAGUCAAUACCUCUGGUUAAUUCUCCAUUGCUGGACUAAUGAGUCCAUACCUCUGGUUAAUUCUCCAUAGCUCGACAAAUGAGUCAACACCUCUGGUUAAUUCUCCAUAGCUUGACUAAUGAGUCAAUACCUCCGGUUAAUUAUCCAUAGCUGGACUAAUGAGUCAAUACCUCCGGUUAAUUCUCCAUAGCUGGACUAGUGAGUCAACACCUCUGGUUAAUUCUCCAUAGCUGGACUAAUGAGUCAACACCUCUGGUUAAUUCUCCACAGCCGGACUCAAUUCCUCCCGAAUUAAUUCUCCAUAGCUGGACUAAUGAGUCAAUACCUCUCAAUUAAUUCUCCAAAGCUGGAUUGGAAUACAUCACGGAAUACAUCAAUAAUUUUUAUUCGUCCUUGAUUUUUAUUUUUUCAGAUUGCUUUGAAAAGACGAACAACCAGUUCACCAAUGAGACUGUGGCAUGCAUGCAGCCGUGUUGGGACCUUGGCAUACCAUGCAGGACCCAGUGUUACAAGGUGUAUGACCAGUGCACGUCAGACUGUCCGUACACAGUCCCGAAUCCUUAUGAAUGCUUCACAACCUGCUUUAAGGAGGCGUUCGCCGAGGUCAAACCUCAAAUACCCAAAGCUAAUGUUGAUGCUUAAAUUUACAUAGAAAAAUGUACAGGUCAAACCUCAAAUACCCAAAGCUAAUGUUGAUGAAUAAAUUUACAUAGAAAAAUGUACAGGUCAAACCUCAAAUACCCAAAGCUAAUGU